GAAGAAGAUUAUGCUAAUAUAACACUAGCCAGUCUUAUAAACAAAGAUAAAAAAAGAAAAGAUAAAGUACACGUACAAGAUGAAAGUAAAAAACCUAAAAAUAAUGAGGAAAAAGAUGAGGAAAAUAUUAAAUUAAAAAGCAAAAAACAAAAAAUGAUUAAAGUAAGUGAAAUUAAAGAAGAAAAUUCUGCCAAUAAAAAUUCAAAACAAAUUGGUCAAGAUUCAAAAUCUUCUUCCUCAGCUAUAAAUGAACAUCCGAGUAAUUUUUUCAAUUAUUAA